GGCAUCUCAUAAGUGGCUUCUGAGGAUUUUGCAACGCUUCUCAUGGGAGAGGAUUUAUUUCCACCCCUUGGCCUUCAAGAGCAAACAGUUAUCUCCUGUGAAAUAAAAUCCAGAGGUACUUUCUGCCAGGGAAGAAGGCAUCUCAUUGAACAUCUGUAUGCCCAAGCCUGAGACCAGCAAUGGAAGCCCGGCCUGCCUCGGCCUGGGUCCUGCUGCUGAGCCUAAUUGCUGACUGUCUAAAGCUGGUCCAACCUCGGGAGUUCACAGUGAAAGAUAUCAUCUACCUCCAUCCUUCAACAACGCCUUAUCCUGGUGGGUUCAAAUGCUUUACGUGUGAAAAUGCAGCAGAUAAUUACGAAUGCAACCGCUGGGCCCCAGAUAUCUACUGCCCCAGAGGGACACAAUACUGUUACACAAGGCAUAAAAUGAAUGCAAAGGGUGAAAGUUCAUUGGUCACAAAGCGAUGCGUCACUCUGAAGGAGUGUUUAUCUGUCGGAUGCACACAACCUGAUAAUGAAGGAAAUAAGGUCUGCACCUCAUGCUGUGAAGGGACAAUCUGUAACCUCCCAUUACCCAGAAACACCUCCCAGGCAGUAUUUGCAACGCUAUCUCCAAUAAAUCAAACAUCUCGACAUUCCUUUCAAACUGCAUUGACUUUAACUUGCAUCAGUCUUCUGUUCCUGCUUGUUGUAUAGCUGGUGCCUUUUAAUGCAUUCAUGUACAGCAUUGUUUAACAUAGUAUUUAUUUUUGUAUGAUACAUUUAUACAAUGAAAUGUCCUCUAUCCUGUAAAUAAGUUUAAAAUCUUCUAAGUUUCUCACAGUAAAUAUAAAUUGUUUUCCAUUGAAAAUAUAUGCAAUUUUAAGUUUGUGAAAAGACUUUGAAGGAGUGCAGGAAUUAUGAAAACUUGAAGUCGGUAACUGAUAUUUAUAAGUUAUUUGUCACUUAUUAUCCAUUAUACAGGCAUUAAUAUGGUCAAGAAAUAUUCAACACCUGAAUAAUCUGCUAAAUAUCAUCAACAUAACAUUGGCAUUGGCUUCUAAAGAAACAAAGCGAAUGGGAAGGAAUAUUGAUCUUUCUUAACGUUGAUUCCAUUCAAAAAUGGCAGAGCAGUCAAUGUGAUAGUCACUUAAAAUUAACAAAUAACCAAGCAUCUUGAAGCAUUUUCAAGGUAGCAUCAUCAGAUUCAGAGAUUUCUUGAAAUAAGUUUUCACUAUUAAAUGUCCUGGAAUGUAUAUGGUCAUUACCAAUAUUUUCUACAAUUAGAAGUUCUUCCUGUUGGAACAAAUGAUACUGUGCUAUUGUUUGACCACAGACUCAGCCAUUUCCACAUCUUUCAGCCAUGAAAGGAACACAAUAGAAACUGGAAUUGACCAUUUGGCCCCUUGAGCCUGUUCUGCCAUCGAAUAAAAUCAUGGCUGAUUUGCUUGAGGAGGCUUUAACUAUACUUUCCAGUCUGCCCCUCAUAACCUUUGAAUUCCUUGUAAAUUUAAAAAAAAGCUAUCUAGCUCAGCCUUGAAUAUAUUGAACGACCUGACCACUAUUGUUCUCUGGGGUAGAGAAUACCGAGCAUUAACAUGCUCGGAAAAUCAAUAUUCUUUUCCACCCACAUGCAACCUGAUUCUCCUUUGACUGGCAAAGUGGCAAGUACCAUAGUCUCAAGUUCCCUCUUGCCUAUUGGGCUGUCUUAGGCAGUGGCAGAAUUCUUUAAAUUGGGAGUGUACUGGAGCAAAAUUUUUUCGGAAGAAGCUCUCCUUAUUUCUGUAUUAAAUGGAAGACUCCUUAUUUAAAAUCUGUGGCCUUUUGGUUUCUAAAUUCCCUCACAAAGGGAAAAAUCUUCAGUGCCUAUCUGUCAAACCUUUUCUGAAUCUUUCUGAGGAGGAAUUUUCUGAGGAAUGGUCCUGACCCUAAACGUUCACUUUCCUGCUCCUCUGAUGUUGCCUGACCUGCUGCGUUCCUGUAGCUCCAAACUGUGUUGUCUCCUCAGAAUCUUGGAUGUUUCAGUAGGGCAAGCUUUUAUUCCUCUAAACUCUGUUAAGUGUAGAAUCAAAUUGUCCAACCUUUACCCAUAGGUCCCCACCAGACCAAGCUAACAUUAUUACCCAGGAAUGGCACUUUCCCAUGAUUAACCCACCUAACCAAGCAUCCCUGGACACUCUGAACAUUUUAACAUGGCCAAAACCAUUUAACCUGCACAUCUUUGGAGUGCAGGAGUAAGCCAGAGCACCCAGAGAAAACCCACUCAGACACCGGGAGAAUGUGCAAACUCCACACAGACAGUCACCCACGUGUGGAAUUGAACCUGGAUCCCUGGCGCUGUGAGGUAGCAGUGCCAACCAUUGAGCCACCAUGCUGCCAGCUUAAGAAAUAUUAUCGGAAGCAGUAAAUGGAAAAUCUAAAGAGGCUUGCAGAUCAACUUUUUAUUGCUUUUAGCAACCAGUGUAUAGGGCAAUACAUGGCAUUAAUCAAUAAAUAUAAACAAACAAAUUCAUACUGUAUAUUUAAUGACUUCACAAUAUCCACAAUAGAAUGCAGUUAAUGAGAACAUUAUUCUUGAAGUGUAGCAGUUUCUAUUGUAAUGUAGGACACACUGCUAAUUUGUGUGCAGGAUGUUCUCACAAACAGUAAUAAAAUAAUGGCCCGAUUAUUUUAUGUUUAGAUGCUGGUUGAGUAAUAAAUGUUAGCCAGAGACUUGUAAAAGUCUGCUGCCCUUCAAAGAGUCCCUUUUACAUUUGUUUGGGAAGGCAGACUUCCCACUUGAAAGGUAACAUUCUGACAGUGCAGCACUCCCUCAGUAUUGCACUGAAGUGCCAUAAUGAUGAGUUCAAGCCUGUGACGAGGGUAUUUGCAUGACAUUGGGAGAAAGAGACAAUGCAAGACCAUAUUGAAAAACAAGAAAGAAAAAUGUGGGCCAACCAAUAUGCAGAAUAUUGCAAAUGCUGAAAUGAAAACAAAGAAGGCUAGAACCAGCAGAAUGUGUAAAACUCUGAUCACCCUCCUGUGAAGAGCUUCAGAAUAUUUCUCCACUUUGAAGGCACUAUAUAAAUAUUUCUAGCUGUAGUUGAUGCCAGAAAUACUUGGGAGACUUGUUAUAAUACCAUAGUUCAAAUUUUCUAAUAAGAUUGUCAUUCUAAUUUAAUAAAACACUGCCUCAUUGUUCCAGAUUUUUCUCUUUCUGCUUUAGUUUGUUAAAUACAUGACACGAAAAUUUCUUUGUAAGCCACCUUCAAACUACACCUGCCAACUACGUAAUAGUAGAAGGGCAAAAAAAAAUUAUGUUAGAAAUUCGCAAUGAAAUAUUACAGGCCUCCUUAUAUACUUAAAGUUUACAUGUUUACCUCAGCUGAUAUGGUAGUUUAUGCAUUUUAAAACAGAUCCAGACUUAGAGUGGGUGACAUUCCAGGUUGAUUCCAAUAAUUACACCCUCUCCUUCGGCACAAAAAGAAAACAGCAGUUUGUUUGAAACCUAUUUUCAACCACUAGCGUAAUUGGGACAGCCACCUUGUCUUGCAAUUAAUUUCACCUCUACCUUCUGAGUCAGAAGGUUAGAAAAUCCAUGCCAUGUUUAGACUUGAACACAGACUGGCACUUGUAAAGCAAUAUUGAUGUACCGUGCUGCAUUAUUAUCCAAGUUUUAAUUUCUGCAUCAGAAGCUGAAGAGAUGCUGAACUGAAGCAAUUCUUGCGUGUUCAGGUGGACGAUGGAAGAUAUUCUCCUGAUAGGGUCAUUAUUCUCGAACGAUAAUAUAGUGUGGGUCUUCUUCAUCCAGAUCCGUAAGUAACUGGCUGUUCCUGUGCAGUAGCUGGGAUUAGGAAACCGAUUUAUCAUUGAUGUAUGUGGCUAAUGACUCUCAGUACCCUUGUGUGAUGUAAUGAGAGGCAAAAAUAUUUCAAACGUAAACCACCUAAUUCAUAUCUUUUUAAUUUACACACAUCUGGUCUUUUGUCAAUGCAAGCUCUGGCCAUUGCAAAGAAUGCUGUAUAAUUAAGACUACUUACAAAACUCAUUACCCCAGUAAAAUCUACACAUAGAUUUGACAUUGGGAAUCCUGAAAACAAGUUCAGGUAAUGGAUUUCUAAUCUACUAAAAGCCAAGGUUGGACCGAAACCUUUCUCAGUGGAAAAAUUGACAACCAAACAAUUUGUAAACCAAUGACAUUUACUCAGUCGGUAAGAGGUCAUUCUGGAUGAGGUCAAUUGAGACAGAACUACUUCGCCCUGUUCCAAUUUAUUGAAAGCAUGAAGAACAACUUGAGUUUUCAGAUCCUAUUUAAUUGAGUUGGAAUUAAUCAGACUAUUAAAACAUACUCAAAACUUCAAAAAUAGAAUUCAGUAAGUCAAAGACAGUUUGAGGUGGACAGUGGCAGCAGGCUCUGUUUUCUGAAUGAGUUGCCUCUUGCUCUGAAGAUUUUCCAUUUUUGCCAUUUAAUCCCUUUAUUUUCAUAUAUCCCUUUAUGAUCUUUGAAGCAACAGAUUAUUGUUUUGGAGUAUGUGUUUGCUUUUGUGAUAAACAUUUUUGCCAAACCUGUACGACAUACCAUUUUUGCUGAGUGCUAAUUAAUAUUUACAUACAAUUGAUGCACUUCUACUACACUGUAAUAACAGAUGAUAUUUUUAUUUGCUGGUAUAAAGUGCAAAUAGCAGAUCAGCUGACACCUGCACUCCUGUACCAACCUGUGAUAAUGAUUAAAUGGAUCUUGUAACAGCUUUGGCUUCAAGUAUUAUAUGUAUUGUCAUCCAACUGACAUGCCAAGUGCUUUCAUUAUAACUUCACCUGUAAGCUUCAUUUAAAGAAGUUAAUAAACAUUGUUACAUCGUG